AUGGUAAUUAAUGGGUUGUUGAAUAAACAAAUAUUUUUAAGAAGGCAUAUUCCUUUAAGUUCUUAUGUGUUAAUUACUCUAAUAUUUUUUGUUGUCAGUUUAGCGAAUAAUUGGGUUAUUGGACUAGGCGUUCCUUUCCCUUUAAUUAUUGUUUCACGCUCUGGUACCCUAGUAGCUAAUGUCCUCUUAACCUUUCUACUUCAAAAUAGAAGGUAUUCGACUAGCAGGAUUGCUUCAAUUUUGGCUGUUACUUUAGGGAUAACUUGCUUCACUUUAUAUAGUCAACAACCAAUUUUAUCAAUUGAAGAAAAUAAUUUUGGAUUCCCCAUUAUAUUUUUUGGAAUUUUAAUUUUAUUCCUGUCAAUGUUUGCUUCGGCCUAUUUGGGUAUUUUACAAGAAAACAUUUUUGCUAAAUAUGGAAAAUACCCAGAAGAAAUGAUGUUUUAUGUGGUAAAUAAUUUAAAAUAA